AUGCCCGCAGCAAAAGAUUGGGAAAGAAAGACUCAAGUCUGUCGUGAUAUUCUUGAGAACUCUAUCUCCAAGCAAUGGCUUCUCCCUGCAGAUAAACUUCCGACAAAGCAGCAAUACAACGUCACUGACAUCCCCUAUACAUGUGGCAGUCUUUCCGCUGAGGAGCUCCACAUGACCGAACAAACCGCUGCUGGACUUUUGAGCAAAUAUCAGUCUGGUGCAUGGAAACUCAACUUUGCCACUGAGUUUCUCACGGAUGAAGCGCUGGAAACAGCUAAGCUUCUUGACAAGCAUUUUGAGUCUACAGGCAAGCUGUUUGGUCCGCUUCAUGGCAUUCCUAUCAGCGUCAAAGAACACGUCUCGUAUGGUGGCAAGAUUACUCACGCUGGUUUCGUGAGCGAGAUCGACAACGUAGCCAAGCAAGAUGCGCUGAUUAUUCAGCUACUCAAGAAGGCAGGUGCAGUUUUCACUGUACGAACCAAUCAGCCACAGUCUCUGAUGCACCUGGAUUGUGAGAACAAUAUCACUGGAACAACCCUAAAUCCCUACCAUCUGAAGCUGUCCCCUGGUGGGUCAUCAGGUGGAGAAGGAGCGUCAAUGGGAUUCAAGUGUGCUGUUCUCGGCGUUGGCACAGAUAUUGGUGGCAGUAUUCGUGCGCCCGCUGCAUUCAACAACUCUUAUGGACUUCGACCUACCACCCUGCGCAAUCCUACUCUGGGUCUUCAUGGCGUGCUUGGUGGACAGGAGAGUAUCAAAGGAGUCAUCGGCCCAUUGGGUCAGAGCAUCGAUGAUCUUUGGCUAUUUCAAAAGUCAUUGAUCGACCAGAAUCCUCAGGAGAUUGAUACUACUUUAAUUCCAUUGCCAUGGAGGGGAGACCUGGAUACACCUAAAGACAUCACCGUCGGCAUCAUGAUGACUGACGGCGUAGUCAAACCGCACCCUCCUAUCAUCCGCGCACUCGAGACCGCCAAAUCCAAGCUCCAGUCUGCUGGAGUCAAAGUUGUCAGCUGGGAUAACUACAAGCACGAUCAUGCUUGGGAUAUUGUCUCAGCUUUGUACUUCCNNCCCGACGGCGGCAGACGUAUCGAAGAGGCUCUCGCGGCUUCUGGCGAACCCAUGCUACCACUCACCCGCCAUGCCUUGAACUAUUCCAAAGCAAUCUCAAUCUCUGAAAAUUGGGAUCUCAACGUUAUGCGUGAAGCAUAUAGACGUGAGUAUCAUGCUCUGAUGAAGGAGAAGGGUGUCGAUGUCAUCUUGUGUCCUGCGUAUAUGGGUGCAGGUGUUAAGCAGCACGGCGCAAAGUACUGGGGCUACACCAGUCUUUGGAACAUCCUUGACCAACCGGCUGUGGUGUUCCCCACUGGCAUGGCUGUAGACAAGAAUGUGGAUGUAGUAGAGGAAGGGUACUCGGCUCUCAAUGAGAAAGACAAAGCUGAAUAUGAAGCUUNNGUAAAACUGUUCGAUGGUGUUCCGAUCACUCUUCAGCUUGUGGGCAAGCACUAUCACGAUGAGGAUCUUUUGAGAGCAGCCAAACUGGUGGAGAACGUGAUCAAAAGCUAG